AAUAUGCUGCGAGAAACAUAGAAAGAUAUCAGUUUCCAAAAAGUUUUCUUGCAGCAAACAGUUACAAGCACCAAACGAGCAAAAUGUUCAAAUAUAUUACCUUCGCCGCUCUCUUCGCAUUCGCCACCGCUGCUCCCGGUUUCAUCGCUCAACCCGUUGUAGCCAAAGUUGGUGCCGUUGUACACACCGUUCCAUCUGCCACCUCCCACCAAAGCAUCACUCAAGUGCACAAUAAUGCCCAUAUUGUUACACCUCUCGUGAAAGCCGUGGCUCCAGUGGUUCAUGUUGCUCCAGUUGUGAAGACCUACUCUGCACCUGUCGUUCCAGUAGUCAAAACUGUUGCUCCAGUCGUCCCCGUAGUUCAUGCUGCUCCCGUAGUUCCAGUUAUGAAGACUUACUCCACCCCGAUGGUUCAUCAUGUUCCGGUUGUGAAGUCAGUUGUUGCCCCCGUGGUGCCAGUAGUUCAUGCCGCACCUGUUGUGAAGACUGUUGUUGCAGCCCCUGUUGCUCACUUUGUUCAUCACUAAUUGUACUGUGAUCUUAGAGUUGUUGAAUAAAUAUAUAAGA